AUGGAUUACAAUAGUAAAAAGUCUACAAAAAUAACAAAACCUAGAACUGGGAUUUUGGCAAAAAUUGGUGUCCAUAAAGCUGCAAAAUUGACUCCACGGUGCAAAUCAAUGUAUACUGACAGUAUAAUUUUGAAAAGAAAGCUCCAAUAUGAAUCUUCAAAAGCUAAAACAUUCAAGCAAAAAUUAAGGGCUGCUGAAAAUCUCUCUGAACGUUAUAUCAAUGAUAAGUUGUCUGACAAACUAUCACCAGCUGCUACUCUGUUUACUAAUUUGCAAAUUCGAGAAACUCAAAAAAAGAAGAAAGGGAGAAGAUUCACGCUGGAUGAAAAAAUACUAAGUUUGUCACUGUAUAAGAAGAGUCCAAAAUCCUAUAAGUUAUUGUCAUCAUUGUUUACUUUACCAUGCCGUCGAUCAUUAACUACUUUGCUGCAUCAAGUUAAAAUCGAACCAGGUGUAUCUCCAGUUUUAAUGCAAGUGUUAAAAGAAAAAGUAAAUAAGUUAAAGGCCAAUGAGAAAUUUUGUACAUUAAUGUUUGACGAGGUGAACCUAAGUACAGAACUACAUUAUAAUGCAGCUUCAGGAAAAAUUGAUGGUUUUGAAAAUGAUGGGUGUGCAACGACUCAGGAAUUUGCUGACCAUGCACUCGUAUUCAUGGUGAAAGGAAUUACCAAAAAAUACAAACAGCCGAUUGCUUAUACUUUUAUAAAAGGAUCGACAAAUAAAUUUCAGUUGUGCGCUUUGAUAAAAAAGGUUGUGACCAGCAUUCAAAAAACUGGGUUGAAAAUAAUUGCUACAAUUUGCGAUCAAGGGGCUAGCAAUGAAGGUGCAAUCAAGUUAUUGAAUGAAGAGACUAAAGCGUACUGUUUAAAAAACAAUACAAAGUACAAUGAAGAUUUUUAUGAAAUUGAAUGUGAUGGAAAUGAAAGAAUAAAGAUUAUUCAUCUGUUCGACCCUCCCCAUCUAUUAAAAGGCAUAAGAAAUAAUCUACUACAAAAAGAUUUAAUAUUUAUGACAAACAAUGAGAAAAAAGUAGCUAAAUGGCAACACCUGGUAGACCUCUACAAGCUAGACAGCAGCAUCGAGGAGGUAAAAAUGUUACCGAGGCUUACGGAUUAUCACAUUAUUCCUGGAAAAAUCAAAAAAAUGAAAGUAAAAAUAGCAGCACAGGUUUUAAGCCAACGCGUUUCAGCACUGAUGAGAUUCUUAUCCGGUAAAUGUUAA